GGGACAGGGGCGGCGGCAGUGCGCGCUCGGAGCCCAUGGAGGCGGCGGGGCCGCAGGCGGGAGCGGACCCCGCGGCGGAGCCGCAGCAGGGUGCGGAGGAGAUUGACAUGUCCCUGGAUGACAUCAUAAAACGCCACAGGAAUGAGCAAACAGAUGCCAGCACCACAGGAGAUGGGCAAAGGCAGCUGGUGAAGAACAGAAACUUGGCAUACGGGUAUGGGCGGCCCCGGUUCCGCGCCUGGACGCAGAGGAAUCUGCAAGGACCUAAAGGUUUCAGAAGAGGAUUUGGACAACAACAGUUCAGUCGGAGACAAUUCAGGAAUAUGAUGCCCAGGCCCAGGAGAAAAGCAGCUGCUGCCUUCAGUGGAGUGAGCCCUUUGAAUCGCCAGGACAAGAAGAACAGCGAUGCCUUUGCCAAGAGCGGCAGCAGUGGGCAGCCAGAGGGACGGCCACGACCACCCCCAGGCCCCAAGAGGUUUGGUGCAGCUGCUGCCAGCACCCAGGCCUCGGGGAGAAGGGGGCCAGUCUUCCAGCAGAAGCGCGUGCAGCAGCGGUUCUACAAAGCCAACUUGCAGAGAGGGCAGAUGGAUGCUAACGGUGAAGCGAAACCGGCGAGGCUGAGAAGGUGGAGGGUGAACCCCAGUCCUGCAGCGGUCCUGACGGUGUCUGUGGCUAACCCCCAGGCGGGCCAGAGCGGCGCGCCUGGAUACAAGCGCCCGUUCCUGCGAGGCCAGAGGCCCCCACCGCGGCUGGCCAAACCCCAGCCCAAGGGGGUGCUGCUGAGAUUCAACUUCCGUGCCAUGGCCAACCAGACCAGCCUGACGCUGGAUGAGAGGUUCUCUGGGCUGAGGAACCGGCGGCGCUUCCCGGCAGCGCGCAGCUCCGGCCGGACGGUCACCAUGGCCUAGCAGUGCUGCUCCCCUGCCGGCUGCCCGCAGCUGGGCCCCCACGGGCAGCUCAAUAAAGCUCCAUAGACCUCCUCUGAGAUAGCUGAUUGGCACCAUGCCCUUUCCUUCCUUGCCUGCAGAAUGAGUGAGUGAGUGACGAGGGCAGGGAUGAGGCAGGAUGAGAGUCAGGGCCAGAAUGCAGGGCAGGUGGGAUGUGAGUGGCUUGGUAGAGAAUGAGCAGAGAUGGAAUUUCUUGGAGUGCUCUGCUAGGGAGCCAUGGGGCUGGCACCAGUAUGAUCUCCUUGCCAGUACAUCCCAUGUUGCCUGGGGUGCCUCCUGCAAGAGGAGGGAUGACCAGCUGUAAGCCAUACCCAUGGAGCCUUCCCUGCAUUCUCCCAGGGGUUGGGACUGCAUUGAAGACACUGCCUGCCUGCAGGUGUGGAGCUGAGGGUCAUGUCCCAGCAGUGGCACCAGCUGCUGCACUCCACUGCCUGCCCCGUUUGGUGUGUGCAGCAACCCUGCACCGAGCUGUGCAGUGUCAGAUCAGCCAGAAGGGAUCAGCUCUGCCAGCCUCAGCAGCCAGGCCUGGGGACCUGGCAUUCUCCUUGCUUUGCUGCUCUGGCUGCUACUGCUGGCCUGAUGGGCAGGGACGUGUCCUGCUGCCAGGGGACUGCCUUUGGCAUGCAGCACAGAUAGGCUGCCUCAGCCCACGUCAGGCUUCCCAGUGCUGCCGUGGUUCUGUAUCAGGCAUCUCCAGUGCUGCCGUGGUUCUGUAUCAGGCAUCUCCUAAGUGCAACCCCAGCCCUGCUGACAGCAAUGCCACAGUGGAACCCGCAGCUGCAGGGGGAGGACAGGCUCCACAGCAGCCCUGCAGAGCAUUGCCUGAGAUGCUGAUGACCUGGGUCUAGGCAUUUAAGGAAGGCCUGCACCAGCCGUGAGUCACUGACCCAUUCUCUACGCACUGCUGCAAUCCAGCACUGGACACAGCCUGUUCCUGGCCUCUGAGCUCUGCUCAUGACAGCAAAUCUUCAGCAGACUGCUUCCAUCUCACUCCCAGCACCUUCAGCAGGAGACUGGACUCGGCCUUGGGUUCAAGGAGCGUGUGCAGUGGUGUCAGCUGGCACAGGGGUGAUGUACGAGUCCAAAGUACUGAAUAAAGAACCUGACUUCUCA